AUGGCGAAGAUGAAGGGCGAGAAUACUGGAAGGGCGGUAGCGGGUCCUCAACUCUCUGUCACCGCCGUACGGGAGCUGGGAUGUGUCGCCGCCGCUGCACAGAGGGGCGUCAUCGUCGUUCUCAUUGUUGCUUCCGCGCUGAGCAUAAUUAAUCGUGUGCAGUCAAUGAUGCUCGACCAAGCGCAAGAGGAGAGAGCUCAAGUGGUGACGCGCGACCUCGCCGGCGCCGCCACCGCUGUGCCGGCUGAUGCGGUCUCUGUCAACGCUGCCUCCCACACGUCCUUGUUGGAGAUGGAGCCCAAGAAGUCACACUUCGACAGCGCGAGCCGGCAGCAGGACCUCGAGCUCGUCGGCCGCCUCUUGGGCGUCCUGACGGCAACGCGGAGCUGGCGGGGAGAGGCGGCGCGGUUUAAGCGCCAUGCCCGCCAACUCCGGUGGACGGCCAACCCGGCGAGCCUGGCCAACCUGGUGAGCCCGGCCAACCAGGAGGGCGCGGUCGCGGAGGCCGUGGUGGCCGCGGCGGCAGUGGAGGCGCUGGCGGCCGCUUUGGGGCUCGCCGAGAUGGCGCCCGAGGAGGGUGGCCCCGGCGGUAUCGGCGGCGAGGGUGGCCCCGGAGGGGAUGGCGGCCCCCACGGUAUCGGUGGCAGCGGCGGGGACGGUGGUUGCGGCGGGGUCGGCGGCCUCGGCAGGAAAGGUGGCCGCGGGGGUCACGGUGGCCGCGGCGGGAACGGCGGCUUCGGCGGUGGUGACGGCGGCCGCAGUGGGGACGGCGGGGAAGGUAGAGUAAGAGGCCGCGGUGGGGACGGCGGAGUAAAUUAA